AAUAAAUUUCGACAUAGAUGCCUGCGGGACGUGAAUGUUGUGUGCAGCACAGUCGGUUUUGAUGACGAUGCGAGGCGUUUAAUUUUAAUUAGGAAAUCAAUUAUUUUGGAUAGCGUUUUGCUGUUAUUUGUUUAUGCUGAUAGAUACUAUUAUUAAUUCAAUGAUGUUUUGCGUUUUAUUAAUUUGUUAUAUUUUGUGAGUGUCAAUUUUGUCAGUUUCGUAUUUGUUCUACUUAACGAUUGAUAUCUAUUCAGGAUACAACUUUUCGACGUUGUUUCCAAUAAUUUUGUAAAUGUUCAAUGUAAUAACAGCGGCGGUGGCCGCUGGAAACGUUAUGGAUAUACACACAUAGGAUACACACUUAUUUUAAUUCAGACUGUUAUGUGUUUGAGUCAAAGCCAUGGGAGCGAACAUGGGGAAAAGCUCAGCAUCUUUAUUGGAUGCACUUCCCACACCACAGAGUCAUUUGCAUGUAGUCAUGUUAGGCUUAGAUAGUGCUGGUAAAACUACUGCUCUUUAUAGACUUAAAUUUAAUCAAUAUUUAAAUACAGUUCCUACAAUUGGUUUUAACUGUGAAAAAGUUAAAGGAACUGUUGGAAAAGCAAGAGGACAAACAUUUUUAGUAUGGGAUGUAGGUGGUCAAGAAAAAUUAAGACCACUUUGGAAAAGUUACACAAGGUGUACUGAUGGAAUACUAUUUGUUGUGGAUAGUGUUGAUGUAGAAAGAAUGGAAGAAGCUAAAAUGGAACUUGCUCGAACGGCAAAAGCUCCAGAAAAUACAGGUGUUCCUAUCUUAGUAUUGGCUAACAAACAGGAUUUGCCUGCAGCAAGGGACUCGGCUGAAUUAGAACGAUUAUUAGGUUUAAAUGAGCUUAAUCAUCUGUGGCAUAUCCAAGCAGCUUGUGCCAUUACUGGUGAUGGACUUCAAGAAGGUUUAGAUGUAUUAUAUGAUAUGAUUAUUAAACGAAGAAAAUUAGCUAAACAAGUGAAAAAAAAAAGUCGGUAACUUUAUCUAUAUUGGUAAUAAUUAAUUGAUAGAUAACAUUUAAGUAAUAAAAUUGUGGGAAUUUUAUUGGUGAAUUGAUUUAAAAAGUUCAUUUGUUUUUUCCAAAU